CGAACGGUCUGCCCCAUAGCCCAUGCUGAAUUGCUUUUUUUUUUUAAACCGGUGCUCAAACAAAGAGAAAGAAAGAAAGACAAUCCGCAUAACGGGUCUCUUUACGUAAACCUAAGUUGCUCUUAACUUGAAACUGCAUGUUUAGAAUUUUGUAUUUGAAUGGUUUGGUUUCUAAAACUUUUGCAAAUAAGUUACCGACUUCCAAAGGCUUGCUUAGUUGCAGACCUUGUUCAGAAACCUUAACACUCAAGCGCUUUGUGAUGGAACUAGCAUCAGUUGUAAAAAUAUUUGAAAGUGUGGUUCCUCCAGACUUAGCGGAGGAAUGGGAUAAUACAGGACUGCUGAUUCAGCCAUUGGAUCGAAAACCAAUAUCUACAAUAUUAUUUACUAACGAUUUGACUGAAAGUGUAAUGAUGGAAGCAUUGUCAUCAGAUGCUAAUCUUAUAAUAUCAUAUCAUCCUCCAAUUUUUGCUCCUAUUAAAUCAUUAGGAUUGUCUAAUUGGAAGGAUCGCAUUGUUAUGGAAUGUGUUAAAAACUCUAUUGCAGUUUAUUCUCCUCAUACAGCUUGUGAUGCAGUUAAGAAUGGUGUUAAUGACUGGUUAAUAAACUGUUUUGAUUUAUCAGAUUCUCAACCUAUUAAGCAAAGCAGUUCUGAAGUCCAGCCAAAAUAUUCACAUAUGAUAGAAUUCUCUUCACCAGUUUCUACAAAAAUUUAUGAAGAGUUAAGUAAUUUAUCAAAGGUUGUCAUAACCUGUUCCAGAUUAAGUGACAACGUUGAACAUGUUGAAAUUUUAAGUGACGAAAAUUCUAUGAAGGAUGUUGUAAACGUUCUACGGAACAAAAAGCCACCACCUUCUAUUACUAUCACCGAAUCUGUUUCAAUGCGUCCAUUGUGUGGAAUGGGCAGAAUUGGAAAGUUACUGAGUCCUACAAAAUUGAGGGAUUGCAUAGAAAUAGUAAAAAAACAUCUGAAACUAAGUCGCAUUCGGUUUGCUAUUGCAAACAAUCAUUGUUUAGAUACAGAAAUAUCAACUGUGGCAGUAUCUGCUGGUUCUGGAUCUAGCAUUUUAAAAGGAGUGGUUGCAGAUUUGUAUAUAACUGGAGAAAUGUCUCAUCAUGAUCUUUUAGAUGCUAAUCAUAAGAAUGUUAGUGUCAUUCUAUCAGAGCAUAGUAAUAGUGAAAGAGGCUAUUUACAGGAGUUGAUAGCUGUUUUGAAACCCAAGUUAAGAGGAAUUAAUCUCAUUACAUCUUCUGUUGAUAAAGAUCCUAUUUUGAUCGUAUAGUUUUGAUAAUAAAUGUAAAAAUUAUGGUCAUAAAGUUACUUUUUUCAUUGAUAAAAUUGAUUGCAAGAAUUUAUUAAACUUUGUCUAUGCAUUAUGUUUUUCAGUUUUUUAAAUGAAUUUUUGUAUUCAA